UCUACCUCGCCGGAAUAAUGCUCGCUGGAAGCCUAUAAGAUUCCGGAUUUUUCCAUGAACCAAUUUGGCUCGCUCAUCGUGUUUUUCUUCUUCUUCUUCUUGUUUUGCGAUGUCCAAGCCCAAAACGGAACGCGAGCGGAUGCAUCACCGCCAGAUGCUGUCUCAGCGUUCCAUCCCAGCCUUGCUGUCGUCGUUGGGAUCCUCUCCGCCAUGCUCUCACUGACGUUUCUUUUUAUCGCUUACGCGAAAUUCUUUCUAAAGGGUGAGGAUUCCAGUGCAGUGGAUCAGGAUGACGACGAAGACGACCUCGAUCACCGCCAGCACCGAGGGCUAUUUCGAACAAGGUCCAGGUUCUCUGGAAUCGAUAAAACCGUAAUCGAAUCGCUUCCAUUCUUCAGAUUUUCAUCCCUCAAGGGGUUCAAGGAAGGCCUCGAAUGCGUCGUCUGUCUGUCGAAAUUCGAAGAUACCGAGAUACUUCGGUUGCUUCCCAAGUGUAAACAUGCGUUUCAUAUCGAAUGUGUGGACAAGUGGCUCGAGAACCACUCGACCUGCCCACUGUGCAGACACAAGGUUGAUCCCGAGGACCUUACUCUUUUCACAUAUUCCAAUAGUUUGAGAUUAUUGGGAGGCCCGCCAGAGCUGAUGGAGGAUCCUAAUGUCGAGCUCUUCGUCUGCAUAGAGCAAGACAAUCAAGGGUCGUCCAGGUUCAGCGUCGGAAGCAGCUUGCGGAAGAUAGAUAGUGAUAAGAAGGACAACGAGUUGCCGCUGCAAGUAGGAGGAAAUGCCGAUGAUGGUGUUGUGGGUGGUGAGGAUGAUCGUAAGCCGUUGCAUGAUAAGUUCAAGCAUAAGAUCAUCGUCUCCGACGUCGUCUUCAAGAACAGAUGGAGUGAUGUCAGUUCCUCCGACCUGAUGUUCUUGAAUUCAGAGAUGCUUAGCCUCAUGUCGAGCAACCGAUUCUCUUCUUUUCUCUCCCCGAAUAGUCAACGAUUCAUGGCCGCACCGUCAGCUUUCGAAGAUGGGUCUCCGAAAACUGAGCAUAUAAUCGAAAUCAAGGAGGAUAUGGAGAGGAAGAGAUUGCUGGAGAGUGAGAUCAUCAGUAGAAUUAGCACAAGCCAUUCAGUGUCCGACACAUCUGAGCUUCCUUCCACUUUGGAUCCCGAAGCCAAUAUUACGUCGAGGUUCUUGAAUAAUCCAUCUGAGAAGAGAUCAAUGUCGGAGAUAAUAAACCUCUCCAGGUUUAAGAAUAGAACCAAAGAAUCAUCCGUCGUUGGAAACAAUGAAAAAGAGGAGAGGAGGAGACGGCUUUGGAUUCCCAUUGCGAGACGGACAGUCCAGUGGUUUGCCAGUAGAGAAAGGUCGUCGCAACAGCAAUCUGAUCAAUAUAACACAAGAUCGACAGCCUUCGAAAUUAUGAAGUUCCAGAAAUAAAAUUCUCAUUCUGUAAAUGGUGGGUUUGCUAUUUUUCAGCAGCCAUUGACGUGUGCUUCGAAGUCCGUCGAGCGCCGCGAUGGUGAUUUCACUUUCACACUUAACAAGAUGGUGAGUCGGAAAUUCGGUUAGGGAGAAAUAACAAACACAGACUUAAUUAAUAUCAUGUAGUAGUACUGUUCAGUCAAAUACAUAAAUGGAAGUAUAUGAUUUUCAUUUGGUUCA